CGGAAUGUCGGCCGCCGUGACCGCUACGACCACGACGACGGUGGCGGCCUCCAGCUCGGCCGAUCCUGGCCACCUGGGGCCGGCCACCAGCAGCGAACAGCCGGCCAACGAUCCCGUCAAGAUGGAGGUGUCGCACGAGCCGACGCAGGAAGCGGAACAGAGCGCACCGGCGACGGAAGUGGCGAGCGGAUUGCACCAGCCGCAGUCCGGGACGGUGAUGGAGCAGGAACACGUCAACGGGAUGAUCGUCGUCGGGUCCGAACUGCACCACCACCACCACCACCAGCAGCAUCACCAGGCUGAGCGGAACUCCCCCGGCGGCCAGCAGCAGCAGACGGCGGUCAUCAUCAACCAGCAUAAACAGCGCAUGAUCACGACGACGGGACAGAUCAGGGAGAUCGCUGAGGGUCAGGAGCCGCCGAACGAGUCCUCGGACUACGACGCCGCGGUGGAGUACCACGCGGCAGGGGCGGGCGCGGAGCACGGACACCCGCAGUACAGCUACGAGCCGGCUACCAGCCAGGAGCAGGGCGGCGGUGGCCCUCCGCAGGUGAAGCGAGAAUCAUUAAUCGAGAAGGAAGCCCAGGCGCUAGCGGCUCAGGAAGCGACGGUCAUUCCGAUGCAAACCCAGACCAUCUACGUGGAGUACAAGAGCGAGGGGCCGGGUGGGGACGGGGAGGGCGUGCGGUACGUGAACCCGUACGAACCCGAACCGAAGUACCACCACCGCUACCUCUACCCGCCGUCGGCGCCCCAGCCACACGCGAGCCUCGGUGGCCAUGGCCACGUGACGGCCCACCACCCACAUCACCCGCACCAACACCCGCACGCGCACCCCCACGCACACCACGGACGCGGCAUGGGACCGACGGGGCACCACCCUGGACACCACCCCGGCCACCACCCGCAGGGCGGACCCGUUCAGGGCCAGUCGAUCGAAGUGCUCCCGCAGCAUUCGUCGGCGGUGGCCGUCGCGACGCAGUCGGGUGGCGGGGCGACGAUCCAGGUGCAGGCGCAGGGCCCGCACCAGACGAUCCAGGUGUACGAGACGCACGACGGGCCGGGGGGCGAGGUGGUGCAACACGUGGCGGCGGACGGCACGGUGGAUGCGAAGGCGUCCCACUACACCAACCUGGAGCCGGUGCUGUCGUCCGCCCAGAACUACUACCUCACGCCCGACGUCUACACGACGGCAAGCGGUCCUGGCGGCCCUGGCCCCGGCGCCGGCAACUAUACCACGUUCCUGCCCCCGAAGGAGGCCAUCUACUACCACCCGGCCAGCCCGAACACGGUGCUGUACAAGAGCGACCCGACCCUCACCUCGUCCUCCAUCGUCACCAAGCAGAUCCAGUACACGUCCGCGCUCCAGGGGCCCGGCCCGACCUCCAUGUACGAGAAUCCGGGCGCCCACAGCAGCAGCUCGCCGUCCGGGGCGCAGCAGAUCUACUCCAGCUACUGGAACGGGUCCAGCGUCGACUACAACCCGAACUUUGCCGGGACGAUCGUGACGAUGAACAAUGCGGGCGACGGGGUCGGUGAGUACGCCGGCAACGGGCAGCACUGGCAGAUCAGCUCGCUGAACGAGGCGUACGACAUGCAGCCGGCGGCGGCGGCCGAGCACCGGGAGUGCGUGAACUGCGGGAGCUCCGAUACGCCGCUCUGGCGGCGCGACCUCGUCGGCCACACGCUCUGCAACGCGUGCGCCCUCUACACGCGCCAGAACCCCGGCACCAACCGGCCACCGGCGCGCUCCCACAAGUCCAAGCAACCGGUGAAAACACCGCCGGCCCAGGGUAACCGGCGGUCGGGAGUGACGUGCGCGAACUGCAACACAACGACGACCACGCUGUGGCGCCGCAACAACAACGGCGAUCCGGUGUGCAACGCCUGCGGUCUCUACUACAAGCUGCACAGCGUCAACCGGCCGCUCACGAUGAAGAAGGACGGCAUCCAGACGCGCAAGCGCAAACCAAAGUCCGGCCAGCAGGUGCCCCAGAUGAACGGCCUCAACACAGGUAAGCUGCUGCCGUCGAUGAUACCGGCCCAGUACCAUCAGCUAGCGGCCGAACCGAAGCUGCUGGCCGGCAACCCGGUCCAUCUGUCCACCCCGCAACCGAUGGAGCUGAACAGUUCGCCCAGCCAGGAUCCGCGCUACGUGACCGGCGGGUCGCCCGGUGGCAACGGCGGCAAUCUGUCGCCCCAUCUGUCCAGCCACGUCCCGAACAGUGCGCUCGGGCCCCGCCACAUAGCGACCUCAGUGCCAUCGUUAGACGCUAGUCGAGGAGCCAACGGGGAGAUCACCAGUGUCAUCACGAGCACCGCCGUGGCGGAGCGUUCCAGCAACUAGCAACCGGCCGCCGGUCGGAUCGCAGCCAGCUGCCGCCAUCGAGUGAUAGGAGAGCGCGUCACCUUCUUGUACCAAAUAUU